AGGAGAAAGAAACAAAAGCCACGUGUUUGUACAAAAAGGGAAUUUUGCUACAUGAAAAAUAAAAGUCGUUCAUUCUUCCCUUAUCUAAAAUACAACUCUUAACAGAUUCAGGAAGCAAUAAAUGUAUUUUUUUGCGCCUUAUAUCAACAUCAAACAAACGUAAUUGCACCUCAAAGUGAAGAAAGCACCGUUUGUCUGAUAAUGAGAAGAUAAUCAAUAGAUAAGCAGCAGAUAGAUGAGGUCAGAUCAGCAGAUAAACAGCAGAUAAACACUAUAGAGAAGUGUCUGAAAUUCACAUAACUAAAACAAAACAGUGGUCGGUCAGGGUCGGCUGAGUAUAUGCAUAUGUAACACCUCCAGGACGUGACAUGGUGCUUUUCUAAAUAUAUAUCAACUGUUAGCGCUCUGCCAGCUUCCUCUGCUGACUGUUUCACGGCUCUUGGGCUGAAGAGCGUGGCUGUAAUUUGAGGAAGGGGUGGAGUGGUCACAUUUCGUUCAGUUAAAUGUGUGAAAAUGAUAAGAUGUUGUAAUAAUGAGUCAACAAGCUGAAGUAAACAGACGAAGAGCACCAAACAUCAGCAUGGAUUCAUCUCUGAGACACCUGGACGAUGAUGUCGAGAGGGAAACACCUGCAGAUACAGGACCGGGUCGAUUCAGCCACCUGGUGGCUGGAGUGGCUGUUUCCGUGGCAACAAUAAUUGUUUUCACUGGACUUCUUUUGUCCUUGGUGUUAUUUGUCGCGAGGAGGGCCACACCAGACGUGGAUCAGACUUCUGAAACUUCAGGAAAGGAACUGAUGGAGCAACUGCAGCAGUGUCAAAAAGAGCAGCAUGAUCUGAAGCUCAUGCUCCACACCGUCACUCAAGACUCCAGAUGCAGUUUGUGUCCGGGCGGCUGGCUCUGGUGGAGGGGUCACUGUUACUUCUUCUCAGUAGGACUUGAGGAAAAUCGGCAGUGGAAUAAGAGCGCUGAGUUUUGUCAGGGGCACAACAGCAGUCUGGCUGUGAUCAAAGACUCUGCAGAGAUGGACUUUAUCCAAGGUGUGAUGAGGACGUUCCCUCAGUUCCCUUUUCUGUGGGUGGGUCUGACAGACUCCAAGCAGGAGGGUCAGUGGCUGUGGUGGGACGGGACGGACGUCCAGCACUACAUGCUGGUGAAGGUGGAGUGGGACGCUGAUCACAGGGACUGUGCAGACCUGAGGGGAGGAGGGAGUCUCUUUGCUGCUGAAUGUGAAGCGUACGGACCUUGGGUUUGUAAGAGGGAGUCCUGACAGGCUGUGCACAAAUCCACACACAUUUCAAAUAUCUUUAUUCAUAAGAUGCUGGUAAAAGACUGUUGUUUUUACACCAAAGUACUUUGUUACAGAGUCUAGUCCAGCCACACUUUGUCAUGUAAAGUUAUAAAAAUGUGUGUCCAAACUUUUUUGAAGAGCUUAUAUAUUUGUUUUUUUCCUGUGUAAAAUGUUUAUGGAUAAAAAUGAAACAAGAAAGAAAGUCAGAGAUAAGUCUGAAAGACAUGUGAUGUGAUGUAAAUGAAAUGUUUAUUGUGUACACCUGAAAGUACAGGUGUGUAUGUAGAUGCAGAAUGUGUUUACACUUUGAUAUCUACAAGUAAAUGUAAAUGUUGUAGAAAUCAUAUUCAGCUUAGCUGAUACUUUAAAAUUCAACUGUUUAAGAUGUUCUAUUUGUAUGAACUCAAAGUUGAGUUUUUACAGUUUUACAGUAAAAGUCAAUCAUUCAUUUUUUUUAGAGUGCUAUGAUCAGAAAAAAUCUUUUUCUAUAACAUUAUUAGCACUUUGAUAUAAUCCGGUCUUUCUCCACGUCCAAAGUCAGUUUUUGACUGAAGCUUAAGAGAUUAAAUUAAAUUCAAUUCAAUUUAAAUAUUUAAAGUGACAUCAAGGGAAGUGAAAUUCUGUUAUACAUAAUAUAAAUUAUAUAAAUAUUUUGUUUUUAAUGUCCCAGCCUGUGAAUCUUAAAUCUAACUGGUGACUGCUUUUCAAAAAAAAAAUCUUCAAAUCUUUCUCUUUUUUUGUGCCUUUUGCUUCAGUUUUAACCUUAUUUCCUUAAAGUCAAACUGAGUUUUUAUUAUUAUUAAAUGGUCCAUCUCUCUUA